AAAAAAAAACAUCGCAUUGAUAUUAUUAUUUUGGAAUUAUCAUAAGAGUGCAGUUUGCAAUUAGAGAGAGAGACAUUGUGCAUGGGGAAAAAUCAAUUAGGGGUCAUCAGCGAUGGAGCAGCGUGAAAAUUUUCUAGCACUGACCCUCCUGGACGCGUUGGAGGAUGAGAAUGAAGCGGACAUCAUGUCGAUGCUGGACAGGAAUAGCAUCAAUGCUGGCGUCGUACCUUGUGAGCGAGGAUUGGCACCCCUGCACUACGUUUGUGGGAUGCGUAACGAGGAUCUAGCCAGACGAAUCCUUGCCCGAUUCCUGGAGUGCCCCGAUCUGGACGUGGAUGCCCUGUGCGAUGGCAAGACCACGGCUCUGCACAUCGCCAGCAUCUACGGACGUGUUGAGAUAGUAAAGAUGCUCCUGGAGCGCGGAGCUCGAGCUGAUCUUUCAGACGAGGAGAACAAACUGCCGGUGCAUUACGCUAUUGAGGAGUGCCACUUUGAGGUCCUACAGCUUCUGCGGGAUCACAUUUUCCAACAGAAGCGAAAGAAGAAGUUGCAGCAGGAGCAACUAAAUACUCCCAAUCAGCUGAAGUAUAAUCACGACGUUACCUCUCCUUACUACAUAAACAUCACCCACAGACGGCACCGACCGCAGCCCAAGUUUCCAGAUGUUAGCAAUGAUCUCCACAAUAUUCCGCCUUUGCCGGAUGAGGAGUCGGUCAACCUGUUCUCCCUCACAGAAGCACAUCUCACACAGCUCAUUCAGAGCCAGCAAGACCGCCAUUCGGAGGAUCCCGAUCACCCCAAGCAGCGCACGCUCAUCGAGAGCUGGCGGGAAAAGGUCAAUCGCUCUCGCGCUCGCCAGUCUCUUCUCAAGCAAUACGACGAGCAUGUGGAGGCACUAGUGGAUGAGGCCCUCGGCCAAGAUGACUUUAACUACAAGCAGCAUGUUCAGCAGCAGCUUCGGUUCGAGGAGAACUCCGAGGAGGCAACAGAAGAGGCCUCCAACUCCUGCCGACAGGUAUUCGAGCAGUUGGUGGAGCAGGUCUCCCAAGCAGUAAUUGUGGAGCCCGAGACUGAGCACAGUUUCUUUACCGCCAACGAUGACAUGGACAGUUCACGGCAGCGACAAGAUGAAUAUUUCCUGCAGAUUAAGGAGGCUUAUGUGCACACGGAUGACGAAAACGGAUUGGUGUUUUACGAGGCGAAGUUUCUCCAAAACGGAGAGGGCCGGAAGCCAGUCAGUGUAGAACCUCUGGAAAAGACACCUGAUCUCGACAGUACAGUCAGCACAAACCUAACUCUGCCGCUCGACUACGAAACGGAUGCCUUGCGCCGAGAACUUACCCAGCUGGGUGCUCCUGUCGGUCCAAUCACAAAGACCACCAAACGUCUGUACAUCAAACAGCUCAUCAAGUACAAGAGGAACACGGAUGCCCUGUUGGCCGCCCAGAAGCAUGCACAAGAUUCGCAGAUUCGGUACUCGGUUGAGCUGCAUCGUACCCUGCGCUCGCCGGAGGAUUUCGCCAAGAUUAGUGACUAUAUGCCGCACGAGGCUGUCUCCGCGCAGCACUUCGCAAAGUGCAACCUGCCGAAGAAGAACAUGCGGGAGGGACAUCUGAAGCAGAGCUUCAUUUACAUGCUGAUCGAUCCGCGGAUUUCACGAAACCUGCCUGGGGAAAGCGCCUUCCUGGACAAGUUCGAUGUGUGGCAGCGGUUCCUCGAUUCCAUAUUUUACGUGGGCAAGGGCAAGACCUCGCGUCCCUACGCCCAUCUCUACGAUGCUAUGAGACAGCACACACGUCUCCAUCAGAAAAGGGGCAAGAUGAAGAAUGGAGAACGGCCUGGAGGAUUCCGAACCCUGCAGCCGGAAGUUUUUCGUUCUCCACCGCCGGCGGACUCCAAGAUGGGCAGCGAGAAGCUAGAUCGGAUACUGAGCAUUUGGCAGCACGGAAGUGGCGUUGUCUGCUUGCAUGUUUUCCACAACAUUAUGCCCAUUGAUGCCUACACCCGUGAGGCGUCCAUUAUUGAUGCCCUGGGCCUGGUGCACCUGACCAACAUGAAGCGCGGCGACUACUACGGCCCCGCUCAGUCCUGGACGAUGAAGCAGAAGAAGCAGUUGGGCAUCGCACUGCUCUACAAGGCCAUGCACAUAUACUUGGCAGAAGGAGAAUCUCAGCUCUCGCCCAGUGACCUUCUCUAGAGGAGGGUGGCUCUCCGAAAGGGUACAAAGUGCUUCGACACAAUUCGCGAAAGUUCAAAGCUUGAUCUCAAGAAUGUUGUGUUAGAAUUUAUUCAAAUAUUGAAACUCUCAGAAAUAGGCUUUAAAUGGCAGGCACUGUUUUCAGGCGCACUUACAAUUGCAAGA